AUGGCAUGUAGUCAGUUUAUUCCGGCCGUACAAAUUGGUGCACCAAUUACUUAUUGGGGGCCACUGGGUUUCGUUCUGACGAUAACGUUGAUACGUGAAGCAUUGGAUGAUUUUGUACGGUUUUUGAGAGAUCGUGAACUGAACGGUGAGAAAUAUGAUAAGCUGACUCGGCAUGGUUUUGAGGCUAUCUCUAGCGCGUUAGUUCUUUAUUAUGAGAUUUUGUGA